GGCCAGCAUGUGACUGCGUUAGGAAACAACCCUAGACAGUAAAAGGAGACAACAGCUAGGUAGCCUACACGAUAGAAGUAAAAGUGGUACAACAACCAGCUGGAGGAUCCUUGAAUAUUAUUUGAACCAUAAACCAUUAGAAUGGCGUCUAAAACUGUAACUGCACUCGAAGAGAACGUCAAUCGGCUAUUAAGUCGAACGAAUGGAAAGCCUGUUAUAAAGCCAAACAAGCCUCUCGUCCUCAAGGACGAAGUGGCUAAUCGCAAAUUGCGAAGAGGGGAGGCCACUUGCAUCACAGAGAUGUCCGUGCUGAUGGCUUGUUGGAAGAAGAAUGAAUUCAAUAAUACACUCUGCUCCCCUGAAAUCUCAACCUUUUAUAAGUGUGUGGCGAAAGCUCAGAUAGAGGCAGCAAAGUCGAAACAAGCUCAUAAGGUCAGCCAAGGAGGACGACUUGUUCCCAAGCAAGCCAAUACUCUGCUAAAGCGAUUCCCAAGUAUUAAAAACGAAUUCUAGACUCCUUCAUCUGAUCCGAUCAAAAUUGGGUAUCUCUUGGACUCAAAAGACUUCUUGGAGCAGUGAAUUGCAAAGUCACACAACAGGACUGGGCGUGGCCCUUGACUAAGAGACUGGAUGUUUAGGUCCAGAGAUGUACUGAAUCAAUUGGAGAUUCAUUGCUGUGAAGGAAGAAGAAAGACAUGGUUGGCCAAGUGUCAUUUGUUACAACAUCAGCAGCCAAUGCGGGCCAAGGGUGCAUUUUAGGUGCCUGUACCAGCCUUUGAUGCACUCUGGAUGAUUACUGUAUCGAAUGAACUGCAAUAGAUCACAUUAAACAGUUCAAAUUAA